CGCGCACCAUUUGCAUCGUAGACGGAGCCAAGUCUAGUAUUAUCGUAUCGUGACCAUGCACUUCCGUAUUUUCGAUCACUCGCUCAACAUGGUGUAAACAGCUAGUAAUAAAUAUGUAAGUUCUUAUGCUGAUAAUCUUCACAACAUACCUACAAUUUGAGCAUGGCGCAUCCGUCCAGUGAGUUUAAUGAUGCGGAAGUUCUUCGGACAUGUCUACAAAUGCUAGGUGAUGAAGGUUCCAAACAGGAAGUGAGGGUCGCCGUGGAGACGCUUCUCAAGUUGAGCAGGAAUCUGAGCAACAACCCCGGAGAUGAGAAGUACCGCAAGAUUCGUAAGGAGAACAAGGCGAUACAUGACAAGCUACUUCGGUUUGACGGCGCCAAGGAGUUCCUGCUGGCCAUGGGUUGGACAGAGGUUGAUGACUUGCUGAUGUACCUGGAGGAUCAUGAUCUCUCCAUCACAACAAGUAUCCUCGAGGAACACCUACACACACUGCCACCACCCCCACAGAACACAGCAACAGCAGCGACAGCAGCGACCCCCGCCCCUCCCAGUGAGACCGCAGCAUGGACACAGGCAGAGCUUAAAGAACGAGAUGAAAAACUAGAAAAAGAGAAGAAAAGAAGAAUGGAAGAACAUCAGAGGAUGAAAAAAGAAAGGGAAGCUAUUAAGAAACAGAUUAACGAAGACAGAAAAGAUACCAAGACAAGGGAAGUUAAAGAAUCGCGUGCAAGGCAGCUUAAUUUUGGUGCCAAUGUGAAGAAAUUUGAAAACAAGGGAGGUGGAUGAGGGUAAUCUGACUUCUGCAGCUGACUGCCAACACUCGUCCCCAGUGUCAUCUUGUCAAACUCAAAACAUGACUUUUAAAUCUUAGCAAAGCAGCAACAUUGUUCGCUUCAGUUAUCCAGUGCAUUAUAUGUCCAUUCUGUUGAGAUAAAUACCCUCAAUCAAUUUGCCAAAGAAAGUGAUGUCUCGAAUAUUCCAGCUGAGCACGGAAUGUCUCUCACUGUAAGUAAUUUGAUUGGUCAGUUCUUUUGAGUGUCAUGUCUCUUCUAACAAUACCCAAAGAAUAUUUGUCUAAUAAGUAGAUUAACAGUACCUUGUUAAAGGGAGAUAACCCACUGUAUUAAGAACAGAAAUGUUAUAAUACCUACUAUCAGAGAAUUACUUUUUUUCAUUUAUUUCUUUUUUUCAAGUCAGUUGUUUAUCUUUUAAAUUUGAGACAGUUAUUGAUGGAUGGCCCCCAGUUCUAUGCUAAUGACGACACUUGUCACAAGCCAAGCUGAUUGGCCGACAGUUGUCUGAUCCUCGGAACUGGGGAUUUGGGGAAAAUGUGUGUAUGGUCAGUUAUGGGAGUCUUAAGUUUUCAUUUAUUAUUGUAUAUAUGCAAUCAGGGUCAUUUGUAUGGUGUUCCAUUGUUGGUGUGAAGUAGACAUGUAGGUUGUUGCUGUAUAGUCACACUGAAGGGAUGUGAAUGUGUCAGUAGACUGACACAUACAGCACAAUGCUACAUACACUUGGGUUACACAUACAGCAAAAUGCUACAUACACGUGGGUUACAAAUACAGCACAAUGCUCCAUACACUUGGGUUACACAUACAGCAAAAUGCUACAUACACUUGGGUUACAAAUACAGCACAAUGCUCCAUACACUUGGGUUACACAUACAGCACAAUGCUACAUACACUUGGGUUACACAUACAGCAAAAUGCUACAUACACUUGGGUUACACAUGCAGCACAAUGCUACAUACACUUGGGUUACACAUGCAGCACAAUGCUACAUACACUUGGGUUACACAUACAGCACAAUGCUCCAUACACUUGGGUUACACAUACAGCACAAUGCUACAUACACUUGGGUUACACAUACAGCACAAUGCUACAUACACUUGGGUUACACAUGCAGCACAAUGCUACAUACACUUGGGUUACACAUACAGCACAAUGCUACAUACACUUGGGUUACACAUACAGCACAAUGCUCCAUACACUUGGGUUACACAUACAGCAAAAUGCUACAUACACUUGGGUUACACAUACAGCACAAUGCUACAUACACUUGGGUUACACAUACAGCAAAAUGCUACAUACACUUGGGUUACACAUACAGCACAAUGCUCCAUACACUUGGGUUACACAUACAGCACAAUGCUACAUACACUUGGGUUACACAUACAGCAAAAUGCUACAUACACUUGGGUUACACAUACAGCACAAUGCUACAUACACUUGGGUUACACAUACAGCACAAUGCUACAUACACUUGGGUUACACAUGCAGCACAAUGCUCCAUACACUUGGGUUACACAUACAGCACAAUGCUACAUACACUUGGGUUACACAUACAGCACAAUGCUACAUACACUUGGGUUACACAUACAGCACAAUGCUACAUACACUUGGGUUACACAUGCAGCACAAUGCUCCAUACACUUGGGUUACACAUACAGCACAAUGCUCCAUACACUUGGGUUACACAUACAGCACAAUGCUCCAUACACUUGGGUUACACAUACAGCAAAAUGCUACAUACACUUGGGUUACACAUGCAGCACAAUGCUCCAUACACUUGGGUUACACAUACAGCACAAUGCUCCAUACACUUGGGUUACACAUACAGCACAAUGCUACAUACACUUGGGUUACACAUACAGCACAAUGCUCCAUACACUUGGGUUACACAUACAGCUCUAAUGUUGAGUGAUUGUAGAGAGAUUUAAUUGUCACAAUUAUAUAGUUUAACUUUUUGCCAAAAUGACCCC